UUAAUAAAAUUGUCUGAAGCUCUUACAUUUAGACAAAUGCGAAUUCCCGAAAAAGAAAGCCAAUUAUCUUGGCAUUGUAGCUCCCGAUGAAAUCAAACCAAAUUCCUCAAAGUCAAAGGCCUAGUUUUAUACCCAAUUUAAACAAAAGUAAAGGAGUUCAGAGGAUUCCUUAGAUUAACGGUUGAUUACCGUAAAUAUAUUCCAAAUUACGCUGACCUAGCAAAACCCAUGACCAAUUAAACAAAAAUAGAGGUUAAGAACUCUAUUUUGUAUAGGCAAAACUAUUAUGCCAUGUAGCAACAUGUUGUUACAAGGGUAUACAAAUUUUAAUUUGUUCGGCUUGUACUAAGUACUCGUAUUUACAUAUCUUUGGAUUGUUCGUUUAAAUAAUGUCUUCAAAUAUAAAAUAUCAUGUUACUUGAAUUAGGCUAAAUCAAAGGAAUCAUAUGUGUUGUUCUAACUACGCUUAACUUAUUAUAUUGGGACAAUAAAGUGGUUAUCGCAUUUUUUAUUUGGUUUAAGGGGCUAUACCAGUGUAACCCAUUUUCGUGAAUUUUUUUUAAAGAAAGUCCUCUAUCGAAUAUUUCGAAGUUCUUUGGAUAUAAUCAGGUUUAUUUUCAGUUAUAUUUUUAGAUUUUUUAUAUCAUAAAAAUGUUGAAAAAUAACGGAGUCAUGGCUAUCUUCCGAGGUGCCAAAAAAAGUGCCCCACUGCUGACAUGAUUCCGGCCGAACGAGCAGCUUAAACAAAAAUAUUCAAAAAGAUUAAGUAAAAAAUUUUCGCUUUUUAAUGCCAAAUUGACAAUUUGCAAUCAGUCAAGAAGAUGGUAGAUUUGAGUAGUAAAUUUAUUCAACAAUACUCUGUUUUAAUUUGAAGCUGAUCGAUCAAUUUUUCGUUGAGUUAUGAUGUCAGCAAUUUUGAAAAAUAUCGUUUCGAGAAAAACAUAUAAGCCGGCGGUCGUUCUUUAGAUCGCUGCCAUUUAAAAACAAUUCAAGAUACGACUUUGCCGAUUUCACACGAUAUAAAAUAAACUAUCGAAAAAACAAAAAAAAAAAAAUUAUUUGCAAGUGCCCUUAAGGCAGUUAUGCAAACCAUUUAUGUUAGUAUUAGUAAUUAAGUUUAGAGUAUCUAAAGUAGGUUAUUUAUGAUCCCACAAAGUACUCAUAAUAGUUUUGUUCUCUUAACGGAUUAUUGUUGUAGCAAAUAAGCACACCUGUCCGAAUUGGAUUUAAUUUGAUGAGUCAUAUAACAAUAUUUAAUAAAUAACAUUUGACUUCGAAUGCUACUUAAUUUAAACCAAAAAUGUAAAUAUCUUAAUGAACUUGUGCUAUAACUCUUGCCUUUCAUUACAUAUCAAAGUAUUGUGCAUACUAUAAGUUAUUAAAUUGGUGCUUCAAUACUUGAAAUUUACCCAAGUACAUAAAGGGGAAAAAAAUCUUCCCCAUGUAUUUUCCCUGCAGUAAUUGAUUUGAAUUGAACCGUUGCAAAUGUAAAAUUUACAAGUAAUUUGCAUUAAAUUACUCACAUGCCAAUUUAGCAUAUUAAUUCUUGAGUAUUUAUUACGGUUAUAAUAUCAUCAGCCGGAUACCUAGAAUAUUAUUACAACAAACGAAUGAGCAGAGGCGAGAGAGAAGAGAGCGCGCAAGCGUAGCAACAAAACGCUCAGCUGGCAGCUGCUGAAAGGAAAGAAAAUCGCAGUCGAAUUUUAACAACAUCAGAAGUCGAUUUGGGGUGAGAUGUGGGUGAAAAUUCUAGCCAUGUGGCGGUUGUUUUUGUGUGCCAGUGCCCUAGUGCCAUUUGUAGAUUUGGCGGUCGGUUCAGCCAGUACAGCUCUCCGAUUCCGAAGCUUGUACGUGACUUAGCACUCCGAAUUCUGGCCUCAGUUACUCUGGUCGUGGGUGCAAAUGUGUAUGAGAAACAGCAUUCACUUCAUAUCUGUGCUGGUUAUCACUGCGGCAUCUCAGUCAUCUUUUAGCGACGAAGGAGUGCGGUUUGUUUUAACGGAAACGUGAAUUCGAGUUAGUGGCUCUGGUGUGAGCUACAUUACAAAGAUGUGAUAUAUGUACUUGAAAUAAAAAUGGAUUAUAUAAGAGUCCAGUUGGAAGGCAAAAUCUAAAUAUCAACAACAAAACAAACAAACGACAACUGCCAACAUGUGUGCGAACAAAAAUAUUUCCCGAAGGAACAAAAUGAUGAAAAUGCUCAGUUUUCAAAGUGUUAGCAAUUUCAUCGCUUACAAACUUCGCUGAUGAGCAUAAAAGACUAACGCCCAUCAACAUUUUCAAAACGCACAGAGCCAAAAGCAAUAAAUGACUUCUUAGGAUUUAACCUAUAUGGUGUCAUAAUGGACGACAUAAUUUUUCAGAGCUCAAAUCCAAAUUCCGUAUACGUGCUCAAUUCUAAUUACCGAUGUUAUGAGAACUUUGCCCGCCUAAAUUUGAUCGAGCCGAAUGACGUGAUCAGUAAAAACCAGUCACAUUGUCAACACGCAUCGCUUACGAGUUCUGGCCCUCGCAGUUGUUCUGUGGCUACUCGGCCAACGCAGUAUAAACUGCGACAUUUUGGAAAGUUUUGUGACGUUCCGGAAGCAAUCGGAAAUCCUGUAACGACAGCACCGACAUGCUUGACAUCUGCGGAUGUAUUUCAAAAAUUCUUCAAUUGCAGUUCUGUAACAAAUGCCGGUGGUUGUGACAGUCUUCAUUCACUGCAUACCAAUUGCUAUUGCGGAAGAGCAGCUGGUGCAUGCACAGACACGAACUCGAUGCAAAAUACUUGCAAAAACAAAUCUAAUAACAACAAUAAGAAAAAGAAUAUUAAUUUAAAACCUUCCCUAAUCGCAAAAAAAACGAAAUUCCGAAAAUUCAUUGAGGAAGAAAAAUGGAAAACCGGCGACGAAUGCAUUUUGGAGAACGAAUACCAAAAUAACCACAAUAUUCGUGUCGAAUUUACCGGUUCCAGUACACCUACUGAAUUCCGUACCAACUCAAGUGUGAAGGAAUCAAAUACCGCUGAGUCAACUACACUAACCGCUUCAAUGGCCGCAAUAGCAACUUGUGGGCCAUUCAACAACAUCGUCAAGCAUUACUGGAAUGGAAAAAUGGAGCCAAAUGCAACGGGUAGCGGGAGAAAGAAACAUCAACAGCAGAACCAAUCGAAUAAUUGGAGCGGAAGUGGUGAUAGCAACAAUCAACAACACCAAGCCCCACAACAACUAGAGGUGUUGAAGUCAACCCACCAACAAAAAAGCAAUUACGAGCUUUACAAGGAAGCAGCCGAUCUGCUUGGGUUACCUUGCACACUUUGUGAUAACUGCCGAUGCCUCGAAUGUCAGAGCAGCUACUUCGAUUGCGAUGAUUCGGACAGCCUCUCUGAAGUGUCUAACUCAGAUGAGUACGAUGAGGACACAACGAACGUGCUUAACAAUUCGGUUGAGCUAGUAAUGUAUGCUAAUUGCUACAGUGAUAAUACGAUGACUGGCAAUGAAAUAUCGACAAUACAGCAACGGCAACAUCAAAAAGGGUCUAGUUGUUUCCAGGAGCAACGACAGCCCAAUUUCACUUGCCCUGAAGUUAAUUGCAAUGCAAGAGAAUUCGGCGGUGUUGAUCAAGAUAGUUACAACUUGGUUGCCAGAGGCGGCGAUGAAGCUGCCAAUGGCAUUAAGCGAAUAAAUGUCGUCAAUCAAAAUGUACUACACUCAGUACAGUGCAAUGAGCUAGAAAACUGUUCAAGUUUCAAUGGGCUUAGUUUAAGAGAUGCCAAUAAUGAGAUGCUCCUAGACACUGGAAGCGAAAGCCGAGGAUAGAAGCACUGCUGUGGAAACGUUGGAGAGAUAUAAUCAAAUGUGGACUACAACCCGUUAACAACAAUUUGUCGUUCAAUAGCGUUUUCAGCCCAAAUGUGUUUUAUUAUUUUUUAUUCAUGUGGUUACCAUAGCGCCAACAUACACGAGAAAAAGUAAUGCAUUAUUACCAAUUGCGUUUAUGUAAAUAGUGUAAUUGGUAUCAGGUAGUUACUAAAGCGUUUAAAUUUUAUUUUUGUCCUAGUAUUGGUAUUAGAAGCCAAUACUGACUUAUCGGUUAUACAAUUUGAUAACAGCUAUACCAUAUAUUCGUAUUAGCAGAAAUAUUGGAUUAACAAUUUGUUGAAUGUGGACUGAAAAUUUUAAUUUGCUUGUAAAAUUUAGAAGAAGACGCCUAAAAUUCUUUGACAGAUAUUUCCCACAAAUUUUAAAAACUGGAUAAAAAUAAAAUUUCAUUAAGCACACUUUUUACUUACCACCCAAUUAUUUUCAAUGGUCGUAAAAUUAGGUUGAUUGUUACACUUCAAAGAUGUCAUGUUUCGUUCAAUACAUUCCUGAAAAUUUCGGAUUGCGAAAACUCAAUAAAGGUGCUCGUCGCGUAAGCCCAAAAUCAAGUUGUGACUGAGACGAAUAAAAAUCUAUGUUAUUGUGGUCUAUUUUGAAGCUAUUAGCUGGAUCACUCUCGGUGGCAUCUCAUUUUAAUUUUUUAAACUAGGCGAAUUUUUCUGCGUGUCUAUUAAACUUCUAGAUGUUUCUGUUUCAAAUAACAUAUGGGAACUUACUUCAUACUUCAUACUAAUUGCUCUAUGUCUACAAAGUUGUUAGAAGGUCCACGGUACGGUUUAGCUAUAAAUAAUUAUUAACGCCAAGUUUACAUUAUUAUUUUUAUCUUAAGAAUUACAUAGUUCAAAUCAGAAAAUCUAUUGUCUCGUCAAAUUUAAAUGCAUACUCGUAUAUACUCGUAGUACGUAUUAGUAAUAUUGUAUAUGCUUAAUAUAUAUGUAUGUAGCUAAAAUAAGUGAAACAAUUUACUCAUAUAAUCAAAAUAAAUUUACUUACAUAUAUUGUCUUUUAUUACAUAAGUAUGUACAAAAAUAAAAUAUAUUUACUAAACUCAUUUGUGCCAAAUAAAUUAAAAAAUAUAUAAUAUAUGUAUAUUGACAUUUCGCCUUACAAAUUAGAAUUGAAAAUAUUAAAAUUAUGCGAGAGAUACAUACAUACAUACAUAUGUAUAUGAAUACUUAUGAAGAAAUACAUAUUUACUAAUGCAAAAUGCACAUUCGACAUUGUGCGAAUUCGUAGCGAAACAUGUAAACAAUGUAUGAGUAUUAUAUACAUACAUACAUAUAUAUAUGAACUAAGUUUGAUGUUAAAAUAGCUUUUAAGUUAAUUAAUAUAUACUAUAUAUAAAUAUGUAACUAGUUUGUGCUAAUUUACUUUAUAUUAUGGUGUAAGCAUCCACGAAAAGUGGUUUCGCUAAGAUUACCAUAUGCUCAAUAAAUUAUUGAAUAUAUAUUGUGUACAAAGUAAUAGUACUUCGAUAAAAAGUGUUAUUGGACUCAUUCGGAACGCUGAACAUGAAAAUUAACUUCGAUUAUGGCUCCAUACAAGUUUUGUCAAAAAAUAUACUUUUAGAACCUCCUACAGUUCUUCAGAAACACACCGCAACUCGAAUCACCAUAAUCCGCAUAAAAACUUCGAGUUAGAGAGACUUCGAGUUAUAGAAUCGUUCAUUAAAACGUAAAAUUUUUUAAAAAGCUGUACAAUAUAGAUUUAUUCACACUUGGACAUAUUUACUUCGCAUAAAGUUUUGCUUAUGCACAUUAAACAUGUAUUCUGUAAUUGUCGGCUGAACAUACAUAUAUUUUUGAUUGUUUGUUUAAGUUCAAAGAGAUUAUAAUACAACAUGUUUAGUGCUUUGUAGCGAUGAUCAAUUGUAUUAACAUUGACGCAUGGAAUGCAUUACAACUUUUUUGGAGGGCCGUUGUAUAAUAGAUAGAAGUCAUAUUCGUUGGGUAUAUGUAUAAUUUUCGGUUAUACAAUAUCAUCUGCUAUAAAUCCGGCUAAACAAAUCUAAAUAUAAUCUGUAAUAGUAAUAUUUGAAGAUAUAAAUACGCACAGCGACUUCUGGCAGCCGUUUACAAAGGGGAUUUCUCCAAAAAAAUGCGACUUAGGGAAUCACGGGCCUAUUUAAAAAUUUAGUUAUGGCAAACGUCGAGUUAUGGAAGGAAAUUUGUAUCAAAUAUAACUUAUAGAUGCUAUUGCCAAUUCAAGAUUUCAAUUUAUGGGGAACUUCAAUUUCAAGAAGUUCGAGUUAUGGAAGUUCAACUGUAUAAUAUUCUUUUUCGUUUAUCGAUUACAUGACAUAAGUAAGUUUCUAGCAUUGUAAAUUUGUUAAAAAUGCAGAAGCGAAAGAUCAUUUUAAGAAGUAUGAUUUUCACAAAAGUAUGAUUUAAUCGCCAAACCUUCGUAUACUGUCGUUUUCUUGUUCAGCAAGCGCAAAAAAGGUAUUUAGAAUGUAAAUAAUUUCAAAACUAUUCAAUAAAGUAAAAAGUUCUCAAUUA